ACCUUUCCAUGUCUAUAUAAUGUCCCUGGCUGCAGUGAACAGAUCUAUCUCUUUCCUCUACACUAUGAAGGCAUUACCCAUCCUGGUGCUGCUGUCCUCAGCAGUGCAGCUGUUCAGCGCGGCUCCAGCUUUGGAGCCGGUAACAUGCAGUGAGGAUAGUGGUGCAGCUGCGGCACGUCUGGCAAUGCAUCACAUCAAUGAGAACCAUGAGCAUGGCUAUAAGUUCAGACUCAAUGAGGUCCAAGGCAACAAAGUGGAAAAGGUUAAUGAAGGCUGUAACAUUGAGCUGAAGUUGCGCCUUCUGGAGACAACGUGCCACACAGUCAACCCCAAACACUUUGAAGACUGUCAGACCCGUACGGAGCCUGAUUGGGCAGUGGAGGCCAACUGCACCGUGACGAUGACUGUAACAAGUAAUGACGCCAGUGUCACCAAAUAUGAGUGUGACACACAGCAAGUGAAGGUCGCAAUCAGGAACUGUGACGUCACACCCCUGCGAAGUCUACAUGUGUGCUUUAUCUCCUGUGUUUUGGACUGA